CCUAGUCUGCGAGAAGAAAGCAGCGGUCGAGCAGCGUCUGUGAGGGGCGUGAAUUGUCGAGGCUCCGCAUUAGGAACCCGUUACACUGGAGCCGCCUUAUUGAAGGAGCUGGAGAUGAGCCAGAAUAAGGCACCGAGAGGAGCCGGUCACUUAGAGAUCAGCACCGCUCCGGAUAAGCCCGCCAGAUGUGGCAAGGCUACCGGCACCAAGCCCAAGGGCCACCGAGGAGAAAACCCAGAGAGGCGGCCGGGCCACAGCAAAGUUGCUGGCGCUGAAAACAACAGCCCCGCAGAUCUCGGCGGCAAGAAGAGAGUCGGAAGUGAAAAGUAUGCCGGCAACGGCAGAUCUAUUGCUGACAAUGGUGUCACCCCCAUUCCCAGCAAGGCUUCUGGAGGCGAUAGAAAUAUUCCCGGCAGGGCUGCUGUUCAGAAGGAAAAAAAUCCUAGUAGGGAUGCUGGUGACAAGGGAAUAAUUCCCGGCAGGGCCGCUGUUCAGAAGGAAAAACAUCCCAGUAGGGAUGCUGGUGACAAGGGAAUAAUUCCCGGCAGGGCUACUGUUCAGAAGGAAAAAAAUCCGAGUACGGUUGCUGGUGACAAGGGAAUAAUCCCUGGCAUGUUUGCUGGUGACAAGAGAAAUAUUUCUGGCAGGACUGCUGGACACAAGAAAAUCAUUCCCAUCAAAGUUGCAGAUGACAAGCAAAUAAUUCCCGACAGGGCUGUUGCCGCUUCCGGCAGGACUGCUGUUGACAAGGGAAACAUUGCUGACAGGGCUGGGAGAGCCGAAGUCAUCAGGACUCCGCGCACUGUCGGCAGCGACGGAUCUGGGGACCUGAGCAAACUGCUGAAGACUGUGCUCGAAUAUCUGCGGAUUAGAUCGGAUGAGCGAUCCAAAGCAGCGAGAAUGGUGAACGAGGUGGUGGACCAUUUGUUGCGUUCCAUUAAAAAAUAUCCUGGAUUUGCGUCCAUCGCUAAAUUGCCAAGUGGUAGUUACUAUGAAAAAGUGAAGAUUUCAGAACCAAACGAAUUUGAUGUAAUGAUCACAGUCCCCGUUGAAAGAAUCGAGUAUGAAGAGAUAGAUUCUGAAGGUGCUUUCUACCAAGUUGCAUUUAAGAGAUGUGCUCAUAGGAACCCUCUCGCUUCAUUUGUUUCUGAUGACGGAAUGCUUUCAGCUGAAAAGAUGCUUUCUUGCCUCAGGAAACUCAUAAUGGACGCAAUAAAGUCGUUGACAGUGUUUACAGGAUACAAUAUAAAGAUGGAAAGGAAGAAAUCGGGAAGCCCAGCUGUGACACUCGCGAUUGAGGGAGACAGCGGAUGGAUCUCGCUGGACAUGGUGUUAGCUCUGGAAGUGACGUCACAGAGCUGGCCACAAAGCACGACUGAAGGUCUGAAAAUUGAAAACUGGUUGGGAAACAAGGUCAGGAGUGAAUUCAGACGAAAGCCAUUUUAUCUGGUGCCAAAACAACAGCCACUUGAGAAUACAGAAGGAGUCCAAAUUGAAUCACAGAAAGAAAUGUGGCGAAUCUCGUUCUCGCACAUUGAGAAGAAGAUGAUCAUGAACCAUGGCAGCGCAAAGAUUUGCUGUGAGAAUAAAUCGCCCAAGUGUUGCAGGAAAUCUUGUUUGAAGCUUUUGAAAAACCUCAUUGAGAAACUGAAGCAGCAGCAUCCUCGUAUAUUGGCACACGUCUGCUCAUACCACGCAAAGACAACUCUGCUCCACGCAUGCGUCAAAAGACCCAGUGAUGACAUGUGGCGUCUUGAAGACCUUGCUGACUGCUUCCUGCAGCUGUUAGACGACUUCACUGAACAUCUGAAAAGUGCAAACCUUCCUCACUUCUUCAUCCCCACCUGCAAUCUCUAUGGCCCUCAGAAAUUUGAUUCCAGAAGUAGAAAGCGCCUUCUAGAUUUCAUUGAGAAAGAGAGAGCAAAAAACUUUCCUAUCUUCGGGGUAAAUCUGCAGUCACAGUGAUUUGGCUUGUGAUUUUAAUAAGCAGCAGUACAAGUUGGGAAGGCUGUUUAAAAACCAGUGUCUAAUGUCAUUAGCCUUACUAGGAUUGCACAAAAGUGACAUGAAUCUUUAGAAAAGCCUCUCCUGUCUGAGACUGCUGAGGUUUACCUGAAUGACAGGGGAGAAGGAAACUUACCACCAGGGCAGCACAAUAGCAUAGUGGUAGUAAUCACCAGUCAGGGUUCAAUUCUCGCCACUGUCUGUAAGGAGCUUGUACGUUCUCUCCAUAACCAUGUGGGGUUCCUCCCACAUUUUAAAGAUGUACAGUAUAUUUAGGUUUGUUAGCGUUGGAAUUUGUGGUGACACUUACAGGCUGGCCCCAGAGCUGUCUUCGGAUUGUAUUGGACAAUGACACAAAAGGUGCAUUUCACUUUAUGAUGCUUUGAUGUAUAUAUGGAAAAUAAAGCUGA